CACUAAAGAGUGCAGUCUAAUGCUUGCGUAGAAUGUUGCUUUACCUGUGUUCAUGGUAUAAUUUUCAAGAGGCCUGUUGGAGGGGGAGAGACAGUACUUCACUGAAUUGUUAUUCUGUUUUGACCUAUUGCAGUAUACCCUUCUCAGAGGAUGUGUCGGCAAAUAUAGGAUGCGUCAGGAUGAAACGCCACAGGCAUCUAAGCACCAGUGAGAGUUCAGACAAUGAGAGUCCUUCCACUUCCUUUUCCUCCUGUUCCAAAUACAGGAGCAAAUCGAAAACUCCAGGAAAUGAACAAAAGAAACCUGCUGAGGUGUUCCGAAAGGAUCUCAUUAGUGCCAUGAAACUCCCAGACUCUCACCAUGUUAACCCUGAUGAAUAUUACAUUUUUGCGGACACAUGGAAACAAGAAUGGGAAAAGGGUGUUCAGGUCCCAGCCAGUCCCGACACUAUUCCACAGCCUUCUCUCAGGGUUGUAGCAGAAAAGGUGAAGGAAGUACUGUAUACACGACCUAGGAAGUACAUCCAUUGUUCCAGCCAAGAGCCCACAGAACCUGGUUACAUCAAUAUUCUAGAACUGGCAGAAUCUGUGUGUCGCUAUGACUUGGAUGACAUGGAUAUCUUUUGGCUUCAAGAAUUAAAUGAGGAGCUUACAGAAAUGGGUUGUGGGACCCUUGAUGAAAAUACAAUGGAGAAGACUGUAGAAGUCCUGGAACGGCAGUGUCAUGAGAAUAUGAACCAUGCCAUUGAGACUGAGGAAGGGCUGGGCAUAGAAUACGAUGAAAAUGUGAUCUGUGAUGUGUGCCGGUCCCCUGAUAGUGAAGAUGGGAAUGAUAUGGUGUUUUGUGACAAGUGUAAUGUUUGUGUCCAUCAGGCAUGUUAUGGAAUCUUAAAGGUUCCCGAAGGCAGCUGGUUGUGUCGCACUUGUGUUCUGGGAAUACAUCCUCAGUGUCUCUUGUGCCCAAAGAGAGGGGGUGCCAUGAAAGCUACUAGGACAGGGACCAAGUGGGCACAUGUGAGCUGUGCCCUCUGGAUUCCAGAGGUUAGCAUUGCUUGCCCAGAAAGGAUGGAACCAAUCACAAAAGUGUCUCACAUUCCACCAAGUCGAUGGGCUUUAGUCUGUAGCUUAUGCAAACUUAAAACUGGUGCUUGCAUUCAGUGCUCUGUGAAAAGCUGCAUCACUGCCUUUCAUGUCACCUGUGCCUUUGAGCAUAGCCUAGAGAUGAAGGCCAUUUUGGACGAUGGGGAUGAGGUCAAGUUCAAAUCGUACUGCCUAAAGCAUAGCAAAAACAAGCAGAAUUCGGUGCCUGACGUUGAUGAGAACCCCAAGAGCAUGGCAGACCAGAAGCAAACCGAGAGUGAGAAAACUAGUUUGCGUGCCCAGAAACUGAGAGAGCUGGAGGAGGAAUUCUACUCGUUAGUUAAAGUGGAAGAUGUUGCAGCAGAACUGGGCCUUCCUAAAAUUGCUGUGGACUUCAUUUAUAAUUACUGGAAAUUAAAGCGGAAAAGUAAUCUUAACAAACCAUUGUUUCCUCCCAAGGAGGAUGAAGAAAAUGGCUUGGUGCAGCCAAAGGAAGACAGCAUUCAUACCCGCAUGAGGAUGUUCAUGCACUUGAGGCAGGAUCUAGAGAGGGUAAGGAAUCUCUGCUACAUGGUGAGUAGAAGAGAGAAACUAAAACUGUCCCACAGUAAAGUACAUGAACAAGUCUUCAAUUUGCAAGUCCAGCUCAUUAAUCAGGAAAUUGCUGCAGGCCACUCUCUGACAAGUGCAGUAGAGAACACGCUGUUCUACCCACCUCCCAGAAUCACCUUGAAAUUAAAAAUGCCUAAGUCAGCACUGGGAGACUGCAAAAAUAACUCUCUGAAACCUGGCAAUAGACCCCUUUCUCCUGACAACACCCCAGUUUACAACAAAAGGAGUAUGCAGAUGUCAAAGGAGUCAUAUGAAAUAAAAGCAAAAUCAUAUUCAAGGUAUCAGCAUGACAGCCGAAGUAAUGGGUUAUUGGCAGGGAUUGGCAAGACUAGGAAUGAAAUAAAAGACUCUGGGCCAGCCCAAUUACCAGAGUUUCAUCGUGGGCAGCCAUCUGGUAAACCAUUAGCACUUCAAGCUGCAUUGCAUGGACAGUCUUCAAUUGGGAAUGGAAAAAUGCAGCAAGAGAACUCAAGACUAGCCAAGUCCAACGGUUUAAUGGGCAGGGCUGGAGAUGUAACUCAGAGAGACAGGUCCAGUCAGACAUCAUAUGAACAAGAAUCUGUGCUCACUGCUCAUUUGGCUAGUCAAAGCAAUUUUAGAAAAUCUACAAUAGAACAUUUUAGCAGGUCUUUUAAAGAGGCCACCAACAGUUUGGUUAGGACCACAGAAGAUCUGAGGUGCUGUGAAAAACCAAGGAGGCUUUCAACAAAGGAACGUUUGUGGAGCAAGCAGACUCUUGAAUACCAGACAGGAGGAGCACCAUACCAGGACAAUGAUGGGUAUUGCCCUGAUUUAGAGCUAAGUGACUCUGAAGCUGAAAGUGAUGAGAAUAAAGAACAAGUCAGAUUAAGGAGAAGCAGCUCAGAGAGAGAAAGCCAAAGUAAGGACUUUGGUAGAGAUUGUCACAAUAGAAACAAAAAAAAUGUGAUUUCUCACAGUUCAGUACAAAGGUGAUUAUAAAGCCCAAAGGGUAACUCAACCUUUGCAUAAUGCAUCAGUAUCAGUGCAAACCUAGGCAUCAGAGGGUUUCCGAAAACAGUGCAGGACCUACAUUAGGAAGAAAUACAGUGAAAAAGAGUAGUUCUCAUUAGUGAAUUGGCUUGUGAUUUUUAAAGAGAUAGUCAAGGUUACGUAUAGAAAUCAGUGUGCUAUAUUAAAGUUUAACAUCAGAGAGUAUGGAAUAGUUUGCAAAACUCCAGGAGCUGCUGCCUUUUUUUACCUGAUUUUGUGUAAGGCAUUGUUUAAAAUGUCAGUUUUGUGCUGCUGGGCAGGUAUUAAAGGACUACUUGCAUUGCUCUAUAACAAGCUGUCAAAGACUUAAUACACAAACACUGAAACUGCAUUCCUAUUGCACCUACAAUAUCAACCUGAUCAGCAAAAACUUAAGCAUGUGCUUAAAACUUUAGGCAUAUGAAUAGUUCCAUUGAUUCAAUGGGAGUACUCUCACACUUUAUAUUUAAAGCACAUGCUUAAAUUUUCUGUUGGAUUGUGGUCCAAGUGACUACUAACCUUUCUGCGGAACAGGAUGUCCAUUUUAGAACUCCAGUGUUGCUUGUAACCCUCUGCAGGGUAGAAGCAAGCAUCACAUAUGCUGCCAAACUCACUGACCUCUAGAUGUGCCCCAUAUACUUUGCUCCAGCUAAAGGUUGUGUUUCUCUUGACAGUAAUUCACUUUAUUUUGUAAAUAUUCAACUUAUAAAACUUCAGUUUUUUAUCUUUGUACAUAGUUGCUUGUUGUGGGAUGCACUUGUAAAUAUUUUACCCAGCUAACAAGUACAGAUGACUAAAUUUGUGGAUAGUGUUUACAACAGUAGAUGUACUACUUCAAAGAAAAAUGCUAUUUGACACUUACAUUUUAGGCAAUCAUUGAUGAUGCUUGGUUCCUCUUGAAACAUGAGUUUUCACAUAUGGAGGCAUUUAUACCUGGUAUGUUAAAAAUAAGCUUGAACUAAAUCAUUUUAUCUGACUU